AAAACUUUCAACUAGUCAAUGUUAAAGGUCGGUUUGCAAAGAAUUAUUGAAGAGACUAGGUCUCUCUAUAAGACAGUAAUAAUAACAUCCACAAUUAGGAAAUGAAAAACACCUCAAAUGCCAUGGAAGGGUAGGCAAACCUUGAGAUUUCAGCUUUUGAGUCCACAGAGUGUAAACUGUUUGUUCAAAGAACGCUGUUAGCUUAGGGUGCAUUUCGGUUGAAUUCAAUGGAUCAAGAGCUGACAGAGAUAAGAGUGGAAGGAGGAAUUGAAGAGCAAACCCAGCAACAGGGGAGUGAAUUCAAGCAUUUUGAUAUAAUAACAACAGAAAAUGACAUUAAAGAUCAUCACUAUUUUUCAUCUUCUUCUUCUUUAUCAUCCGCUGGUAAUGUGAAAGUAAUGAAAGAAUGGAGAAUCUUAGAAAGAAAUCUUCCCGACUCAAUUUAUGUGAGGGCUUAUGAAGGAAGAAUUGAUUUACUGAGAGCAGUUAUCAUAGGACCAACAGGUACACCUUACCACGAUGGUUUGUUCUUUUUCGAUAUCAAGUUCCCUUCUGAUUACCCUAAUUCACCACCCAAAGUUUACUAUCGUUCGUUUGGGCAUAGAUUGAAUCCUAAUUUGUAUCAGAAUGGUUUUGUUUGCUUAAGUCUUUUAAAUACUUGGUCUGGUAAUGAGAAUGAAAAAUGGAAGCCUACUCAAUCGACAAUACUACAAGUUUUGGUAUCUAUCCAAGGUCUAGUUCUCAACGCGAAACCUUAUUUUAAUGAACCUGCUUUUGCAAAUAUGCCCAAGAAUUCUAGGCCAUGGAAAGCAAAUUCUCUAAGUUAUAAUAGGAACGCGUUCAUCCUGAGUUGUAAGACAAUGUUGUGCGUUCUUAGAAGACCUCCAAAGUUUUUCGAAGAGCUUGCUGUUCAACAUUUUCUUGAUCGUGCUGAAGCAAUUUUGACCGCUUGCAAUGCUUAUAUUACCGGCCAAGCUAAUAUUGGUGGCCAACUAACCAGUAUCACUGCUGCCACAACAAGAACGAACUUGACAUCAAGGACAUUCAAGGCAUCCAUGGGAAUUGUGUAUUCACAACUUGUAAAAUCAUUCAGAGAGAAUGGAUCAUCUUUGGAGAAUAUUGAAAUACUUGACACUAGCAAUUACCAUCUUUCAGAAGCAAAGGGUAUGUGUGGCCCCUUCACCUGGUUUAUUUUAGUUUUAAUUUUCUGUCUAGGUUUUGGUCUUAUUAUUAGGGAAAGUAACUUUUGAACAGGGGAAGGUAGUCAUGUUAAUUUGAUGUUCCUACAUGUAUCUCUCUCAACUUGAUUGAAGUAGCUUUUAACAUGAG